GACGGGUAGAUACGGGGUGGGAACUUGGAAAGGAAAUGCUAUCCACCAUCAUGGAUGGCUACUUACUAUGUAGACUAUUGCUCAACAUGCCAUUUGCAGAUCAUACUAUGUAAAUUAUGAUGCAAGAUGUUAUCGAUGCAUCUGGAAACUUCAAUUGAAAACAAAAACAGCUGAUCCUCUCCAAAGCCGAAGCCGGGGAUUUUCAUAUGCGAAUGCUACUCUGUGCAAUUCUAAUCUGUAUUUGUACAAUUAUCCUUACCCGUUGCGGAGCUCUUCGACUUACGAAACCACCCUUUUUUUUCUAUGUUAGAAGUCCAAUCUUUGCUGUUCAAUUGAUCUAUGUUGAUCAGGGAGGCUUCUCUCUCCUCUGGGUUACUGCCGACGCAACUCUGGCUUGUAAUAGACAAUUGGCGUACUGUAAUCAACCACGCAAUCACCUCUUAGUUGAUUCCGAGGCAGGCCCCAUAGAGGGAAGAUAUAUAAAGUCGAUACAUUCAUCCAGCCCAGCAAAGACGUUUAUCCACCACUUUUCUGCCCCGAGUACAUGUGAUAAUAGUAUAUUGUAAGCAUCAUGGCCACCUAGGCCGUAUAAAGAGCAGCCACAAUAGCCCAAACGACGACAAAGUUCGAAAGAUGAACAUGAAAAAAAAAAAAAAACGAACAUCAAAACCGAAGGC